AUCGUAGCGUACGGUCAAACAAAUUGCGCUUGUGUCAGUUUUUCUUGUUUUUUUUUGUGAGAAAGUCGGUAUUUGCUUACAAAAAAAGCUAAUACUAGUGAUCACUGAUCAAACUAUAAAUUAAACAGUUCUAGCUUUGCUCUUACGUCUCUUCUAACAGAUAAACAUGUCUCCAAUUCGUGAGCCUACUGUCGUUGGCAUUGCCAAUUUCAAUGCAGCUGAGGAUGCAGCUACAUUGAGAGGUGCCAUGAAAGGCUUUGGUACAGAUGAGCAGACGAUCAUCGACAUCUUGACUUCUCGUUCAAAUGUCCAACGUCAGGCCAUCUCUCAAGCUUUCACACAUGAAUAUGGACGGGAUAUUAUUGAAGACUUAAAAUCAGAACUGGGAGGUCAUUUCGAAGAUGUAAUAAUUGCCCUUAUGCUGCCACCUGCUGAAUACCUUUGCCGGGAACUAAACAACUGCAUGGAAGGCCUGGGAACAGAUGAACAAGUCCUAGUUGAGAUUCUGUGCACACGCACCAAGCCAGAAAUAGCUGAAAUUGUGGAUACUUAUGAGAGACUUUACAACCGACCGCUAGCUGAACACAUGUGCUCUGAAACUUCAGGUGACUUCAGGCGUCUCUUGACUCUCAUUGUUACUUCGGUCCGGCAGGGCGCGCGGGACGAGGAGGCGGGGGUGGACGGCGCGCGCGCGGUCGAGGCCGCGCAGCAGCUGUACGACGCGGGGGAGGCCAAGUGGGGCACGGACGAGGAGAUAUUCAACAAGAUCCUAGCGCAUGAGAGUUUUGCGCAACUUCGUCUGAUUUUCGAGGAGUACAAGAAUAUAUCGGGACGGACCAUCGAGCAGGCCAUCAAGGCGGAAAUCGACGGCGAACUGAAAGAUGCGCUGUCCGCUAUCGUGGAGUGCGUGGAGAACGCGCCGGCCUGGUUCGCGCAGAGGCUGCGCGCCAGCAUGCAGGGCGCCGGCACCGACGACAAGGUGCUGGUGCGCGUCGUGGCCACGCGCGCCGAGCUCGACCUCGGCGCCGUCAAGCGCGAGUACGAGCGCCUCUACGACAAGACGCUGGAGAGCGACAUCUCGCAGGGCGAGACCUCCGGCGACUACAAGAGGGCCCUCGUGGCUCUCCUCGGACCGGCGUAGGCGACGGAAGGAGCAAGAAGAGUUUAGAAGAUUGGUGUCCAGCAAUACUUUAUAUUUUAUGAGAUUACGUUCCAAAUGUCGUGUCGCGUUGUUCGUCAGAUUGUGUCUCGAUUUUUAUAUUUUUAUCACUUUGAUAUUGUUAUUGUAUUCCGUAAUUAAUGUUUGAUGCAUAGUGGAAGAAUGUUCUCGAAUAUAUUAUUGCUUUAAGCACAAUUAUUAUUGAUGUAUAAUAAAAAUCUAAUUAAGGAAAACACAGCCAAUAGUGAUGUAAUAAUUCAUAAACGUAGAGAAUACAAGUAGGCUUUAUUGAUGUGCCUUUCAAUAUUUAUAUUGUUUUCAAAAUAGAUAAAUAUAUUAAAAUGUUAUUUAUUAACGAAGUAUUUAGAAAGCGUUAAUUUUAUUAAUGAAAGCAUUCCAAAUUUAAAUUAUCCGAUGUCCCUCCCAGUGUGAACGAAGCUUUAAUUUAUACUUGUUUAAAGAAUAAAUAUUUAUUUCCUUUGAAA